UACAGAUAUAUGAGUAAUAUUUUAUUUUAAAUCUAAAAUUUUUUCUAGUCGUGGAAAAGUCCGUUUCAAUCGAUAUCUAUUUUUUAUCUAGGCCUAACGAUAAAUUUGCAGAAUUUAUUUUACCUAAGAAAAAGAAGUCCUUCUACAGUUUAUCUUGCACAAAAACGAGUCUGAAAUUUUUUUAACUUUGCGCAGUCCGGAAAUGAAUUAUACAUUUAUAAAUGUACGAGAUUUUUUACCAGAUUUUCUUCAAGAAUUAUCCAAAGGACAUGUACCCAAAAAACUGGGUGAUUAUCUAUUGCGUCUCAUAUUCAAAAGCCACAGGAUAAAGGGCAAAGAAGGCGACUAUUAUUUAAAAAGUGCCCCAAACAAGCCCAAAUCAGACUUGAAACCAUUUAUAACUAUCGACGAUUUGGUGCCACACUUUAUAGACGAAUGUGAGCAAAAUUUCAUGAGCAUCGAUAGAUACUUCGGCAGUUAUCUCCUUCACAUAUUAAUAAGAGAUUUGCACGAUGGUCUGCCUAAAGCUAGUCAAUUUACCAUUGGUAAACUCGAUAGAUUUUUGCGAAAAUGUUUGGAUAAAUAUGCGCAACCUUUCGAUCCAACUAUUUGCAAUAUGAAGAUAUGUUACUAUGCAAAGAAUUGUCUAGAAAUAGAUUUUGAAUAUGCCAAGAAAAAGUACGAAUUGAAUGCCAAAGAAAAGCUGAGCAAAUUAAUUGCAGGCAUACUACAAUAUCCCGAAACUAGUAAUCCAAAGCAACUAGAGGAAAUGUUCGUCAAGAUGCAAGUGUUUAUUAUAACCAACUUUAACAUUGGAUGUCCCCAAAAUGCAGAGCUAUUGAAACAAACGCGUCAGAGUUUAAACAGUGUCUUGGGCAAAGGCGAUCUACAGAAGUAUGUAUUGAAGAAAAGAUACCAUCGCUUGGACUAUCUGCAGAGGCUAAGCUCAACGGUGUGUGGCAUAGUGACUUUCAAUAAUUAUAAACAACAAAAGAACAAGGACAACCAUAUUAUGACAGAUUUGGAAAUGGCACAGAAUAACACCAAGGAUGCUCUAGAUGAGGGUUUGAAACGGGCGUCCAUGUGUAUUCAGAAGGGAACCCGUAUUAUGCAAAGCCUUAUCAGAGUUGAUACUGUCCAGCAAAAAGUUCAAUAUUUCUAUGCGGCGGCAAAAACACGUGAAAUAAACAAGUUUGUUAUACUUUUCUUGGUAUACAGAAGACAUCUGGAGCGCAUAAAAGGGGAGUUUGAGAAGACACAAAGUUUGAUUGAAGUUACACAGAAAAAGUUUAAAUGCGUCAUAGACAAAAUUAGUGAUAUCAUUAAGCAUCGAUCAGCCAUUGAAACGGAUGUUAUAUUUCCCCAUUUUGUGUACCUUAGCAAUGUGUGGUUAUCAUUGGUUUUGCAUUUAAACCAUCUGACUGAAAUCAACAAACUAAAGGACCAUUUGGAUGAAUUGUUGAAUGAAAAUAUGGAAAAUCAUUAUCACUCCAUAUGUGAUGCGACGAAAAAUUUUAAUAAAUUUUGUGCCAUGGAAGCAUCUUUCCACGAGUUAAUGUUUGUGAAUAGCGAGGUAGAAGGAAAGCUUGAUCCUUUAAAAACGCAAAAUUUUCUCAAAGAUUAUUGUGCAUUUACACUGGCCCUGACAAAUGGACUUUUAGUACCAUCGCAAGUGGAGAGGAAACUAAGUCAAAAUAUGGAUAUAACCUUUGGCUUUGCCAAUAUUAAUGUAGCCCAGUCUUCGGAAGAACAUUUGUCGCUGUUUUUUAGCACAUUUAAACAUGUCAUUUUCAAUUCAGCGGAUAUGGUGUUGCUCUUCGAGCUAGAAGGACAAAUAAUUAGACAAGACGUGGAUUUAGUCAGACAAAUUGUGUCCAACAACAAGGAUUCGUCUACGCAGACCGAAAGCGGUACAUUGCUUUCGGGACAAAAUAAAAUGGAAAACACUUGGAAUGUAUGGGACUAUCAUCGCAAAACAAUUGCCUUGGCCAAUGUAAGGAAGAAACAAACAAAUUCUACACAAACAAUUGUCUCUUCUGGAAAGAGAAACUCACAAAACCAAUGUAGCGGCGAUGGUAUUAACCAACUUCAUUGAAAUUAAAAUAAAAACAAACAAUAAAAUUAUAUCUUCCUA